AUAGCAAUACAUGACAACAAUUGUGGCACUAUUCCCUAAAAUAUCAUUAUAUAUGUGUGUGUGUGUGUAUGUGUGUGUAUGAUAUGUAUAAAUAUCCACAACACAAUGUAUAAAGUUCAUUCAUGUAUAUUAUAAAUAAUUAUAAGUAAAUGACAACUAACUUUACAGUGUUCUGAUAGAACAUUGAUAGAACAUGGCUAAUCAUCAACAUUUAAAUUGACAAUAGUACUUCGCUUAGCUCGCUGUUUCAACCGCUGAAGCACGUAAAUAAACAUGGAGCUAAAUAUUUCCCCUCCAAUAAAACCUCCUAGAGGAAUAAAACCAUCAAAGGAAACUAGUGGCUUAUUAAUAACUGUAAUCCGUACUCUUUCUGCGAGUGAAACUAAUGAGCAAAGAGAAAUUGAAAAGGCAAAACUUGAAAAGGAUUAUAAACGAUGUGAUCAAAAACUAGAUGAGCUUGUUUCUGCUCAUGAACAAGAUUUGACUGAGGUUAUGAAGAUAUUCGGAAUAUUGUCUGAAAGAGUGACAGCAGCUCGUGAAAAGAUUCAUUCUGUAAAAGAAAAUUUAAAUGCUUGUAAACAGCUUUUGAAUUGUAGGAGAGAAGAACUGAUGAAACUUUGGUUAGAAGGAGUAGAGCAUAAUCAUGUUUUACAUUUGUUAAAUGACAUAGAUCAGCUGAAAGAAAUACCUGCCAAACUUAGCAUGCACUUGGGGAAAAAGCAUUAUUUACAUGCUACGCAAUUACUUGUUUCUGCUCUCUCAAUGGGGGAUGGUACUUUGGAAGGAGUAGAGGCUCUUCGUGAAGUUAGAAUAGAUUUGGAAACAAAAAAGCAAAAACUUAGCAGUAAGCUUUUAGAAGAACUGAAUAAACAGCUAUACAAGGAGCAGCCUAAAGACCUUGGCUUGAGAAGACAAGGUUCAAAUAGAGAUUUUCAGCGUGGAAUGGAGAUACGCAAUUCUAAGGGUAGCAAAGUGAAAAGAAAUUUAUUGGAUGUUGGUGUACCAGGUUAUUUGUCUGGACAGGUUUCUAGAAAAACUAGCAGUGUUGGUUUGGAGGAUUUGAAUAAUAUUGUAGAGGAUGAGACAAAUUUCAACCCUGAAGAAAAUUCUGAAUAUUUUCUUGCUAUUAUCAUUGAAUGUUUGGCACUGUUAAAUCAAAUCCCUGAGGCCAUAGAAGCAGUAAAAACUCAAAUGCAAAAUGAAUUGUUGAAAAUUACUGAGCAAAUAUCAAAGAAUAUAGCCGAAUCGUCUGAUAAACAACAAAAUAUAAAAAUCAAAGAUACAUCUCUACCUAGUGGAGUAUCAGUGAGCCAAUCUCCUCUAUUAGAACUUUUGAAUGCCACAUUUGAAAGGUUUCAACAAGUAAUUGCUUCACAUUCUUUGGCCUUGUGUGGCUUUGCCCGUGUUAUUAAAAAAUAUAAUAUAGAAGUGCCUGUUUAUGAAGUUACAGAUGUUUGGAAUAACAUUCAAGCAGUGAUGCAAAUACUGUUGACUGAAUAUUUGGAUGUACAAAACAUAGUUGAUGGACCUUUCCAAAGUUCUGUGACAUUAAAUGAACAAACUAAUGACAUCAAUGCUUAUUUUGCUAAGAAAAGAUCACAAAGACAGAAAAACGAAUUGUUAUUCAAAUUUGAGUCAUCGACACAUACAAUAACUCUAAAUAAUUAUCUGAAAGAUCAUAGAUACAGUAGUUUGUCUUUGAUGGAUGCCAAACAAACGAAGACUACCAAAAAGUUAGUUUGUAAUCCCGAUCCAAAGAAUAUUAUUUUAGUAUUCAGGCCGAUAAUGCAAUUCAUAGAAGAAGUUGAGCGAGCUCUGGGCAUUUCCGCUGGAGGUACCGAGUGCACAUUGAGCAACUUCUUGGCGGUGUAUGUAAAGGAAGUUUAUCUAGGUAGACAUCACGUUUUAGUUGCCACUACUAUAGAUGCAGCUACGAAGAGCGCGGACGCUUGGCGUGCCACAACUUCUACAGAGCUUAUGAAAGAUCUGGGAUUGAACAGGCCACUUUUACAGAGUACCGUAAAAGUUGAGCAGUGCGUAGCAGAGCUUAGAUCGUUGAUGAUAGCGCUGCCUCUACAAGGAGAACACUUUUGUACAUUGGCUUUGAACAUAAUGCACAAUUAUCGUGAGACCUGUCAAACAGCUUACCGCGGCAUCGUGCAACCGGACAGGCACGAUCGACUAAUCUGCUCGGCUGCCUGGCUCAAGGACGAGGAUAUCAAUAGGUUUAUCAAAUCGCUGCCCAACUGGGAAAGCAUGAAGAGCGGUGUGCAGUCACAGCAGCGGGCAAAGGGCCUGCCUGGGUGCCGAAUGCCACGCAGGCAAGAGACUCAAGAUGAGGAGAGCCCGGAGGACAUUCGACAGCGCAAUUUGCAAGAAGCUGAAAUUCUGGCGGCCAACCUGGGAGAAGGGGGCAUCGCCGCCAACGAAAUCAUCUCCGACAGCGAGCAGCUGCGGAAUCUGGCGCUACUGCAAGAGAGCGUCGAGUGGUUCUCUCUGUCGAUUCGCUCGCUGAUCAGAGAGCUGCGCCAGUCGAAUCACGACAGGAGCCGAAUGGACUCGUGCGCCGUGCCGUCGAUGCCCGACAGCCUGGUGCAGAGUCUUGAGCAGGUUGCCGACGAGUUCGACGAGCUUGCCAACACCUGCAUUCUGGUCCUGCACUUGGAGGUGCGGGUUCAGUGCUUCUACUACCUGCACCCGCGGGGUGACGUGAACCUGUUGGCUAAGCCGGGCAUCAAGGAUCCCGGAGAGGCCGAUCCGCGGGUGGAGGAGCUCAGUCGAGUGUUGCAGCACAUUGACGAAGCUCUGCAGUCGACCCUUCACCCGAAGAAAAACAAGUACAUCUUCGAGGGGCUGGACCACCUGAUAGCCAAGAUUCUGAUAACGUCGGCGCAGUACAUCGAGAAGAUCGACGAGCUGGACAUACAGCGGAUGUGCCGUAACGUGUUCACUCUGCAGCAGACUCUGACCAACAUCACGAUGACGCGCGAGCUGGCUCUGGACUUCGCACGGCAGUACUACGAGCUGUUGAACGCGACGCCCGAGGAGGUGCUGAACGGCGUACUCGAACAUGGGCCGCAGUUCACCGAGCUCGAGUACAUCAAUGCCCUGCAGCUAAUUGCCCGCACGCGCCAAGACUUUGCCAUGGUGAACAAACAUCUCGAGAGACUGUCGGAGAUCCUGGGCGAAGUUGGCGUGACCGUUUGACCGCCCGACUGCUUCUUCCCGCGAACUCAUUAACGUGCCUAAUCAUCACGACUUGGUGGUUUUGUUAAUCGUGCGCGAGCUCUAAUCAUUACUAUUGUACAAUAGCACAGCAUAUACUGAGUGUUGAUCGAACAGAAUGAUGUCGCUUGUUUAAUUUGCAAGCAUGUGUAGAGUUAUUUGUAUACACACAUAUAUAUAUAUAUAUAAUAAGCAAUGGUACGACAAUAUAAAGUAGACA